AGAGAGAGAGAGAGAGAGAGACCGAGAGAGGGAGAGAGAGAGACUCCAUUAACAGCACAGCAAACCCCUUCAGGAGCUCCGCCGCUGGACUUUGUCGAUUUUUUUCUUCUUUUUUCGUGAACCUUCCCCAUGAUAGGAUUAACCGGGCCGCUGAAGGACAGAAGACGCGCGCGCUGCUGAAGUUCUGGGAAGUCAAGCGCUGUUUGCUGGAUUUCUUUCGGCGGUUUUUUGGUGAAGGAUGGCGCUGGACGGUAUACGGAUGCCCGAUGGCUGCUAUGCAGACGGGACCUGGGAACUGAAGAUGCACGUCACUGACCUCAACCGGGACGUGUCUCUCAGGGUGACAGGGGAAAUUCACAUCGGUGGUGUGAUGCUUAAACUCGUAGAGAAACUUGAUGUGAAGAAGGACUGGUCAGAUCAUGCACUCUGGUGGGAAAAGAAGAAGACCUGGCUGCUAAAGACCCACUGGACGCUCGAUAAAUAUGGCAUUCAGGCGGACGCCAGGCUGCUGUUCACGCCGCAGCACAAGCUGUUGCGCCUGCAGCUGCCCAACAUGAAGCACAUGAGAGUGAAAGUCAACUUCUCCGACCGCGUCUUCAAGGCCGUGUCCGACAUCUGCAAAACCUUCAACAUCCGGCAUCCUGAGGAGCUCUCCUUACUGCGCAAGCCCCGCGACCCCAAGAAGAAGAAGAAAAAGCUGGAGGAUGCAGAGGAGGAGACGCUGGAGCUGGAAGGACCACUGCUCACUCCUGGAUCAGCCUCUGAUGUACUUUACAUUGGACCGGUGAAAGGGAGCAUCUAUUCCAGUCCUGGACUCUACAGUAAGACCAUGACGCCCACCUACGACUCUCGAGACGGCAGUCCUCUCUCCCCCACCUCAGCCUGGUUUGGAGACAGCCCUCUGUCAGAAGGCAAUCCCAGCAUCCUUGCUGUCAGCCAGCCCAUCACCUCGCCAGACAUCCUGGUCAAGAUGUACAAACCACAGUCCCUCCUGGACAAGGCCAAGAUCAACCAGGGGUGGUUGGACUCCUCCAGAUCUCUAAUGGAGCAGGAUGUCAAGGAGAACGAAGUGCUGCUGCUCCGGUUCAAGUAUCACAGCUUCUUUGACCUCAACCCAAAGUAUGACGCCAUCAGAGUCAACCAGCUGUAUGAACAGGCCAAGUGGGCUAUCCUGCUGGAGGAGAUCGAGUGCACCGAGGAGGAGAUGAUGAUGUUCGCCGCGCUGCAGUACCACAUCAACAAGCUCUCCAUCAUGUCUUCAGACAAUCACAUGAACAACAGUGAGAAGGAGGUGGACGAGGUGGACGCCGCUCUGUCAGAUCUGGAGAUCACUCUGGAAGGAGGAAAAACCUCCAACACACUGGGUGACAUCACAUCCAUUCCUGAACUGGCCGACUACGUCAAAGUCUUCAAACCAAAGAAGCUGACUCUAAAGGGUUAUAAGCAGUACUGGUGCACGUUUAAGGACAUCACCAUCUCCUGCUAUAAGAGCCGCGAGGAGGCGCACGGCACACCAGCGCACCAGAUGAACCUGAGAGGCUGUGAAGUCACGCCAGAUGUGAACAUCUCCGGGCAGAAAUUCAACAUCAAGCUGCUAAUUCCUGUAGCAGACGGCAUGAAUGAGAUCUGGCUGCGCUGUGAUACUGAGAAGCAGUACGCUCAGUGGAUGGCCGCCUGCCGUCUGGCCUCUAAAGGGAAGACCAUGGCGGACAGUUCCUACAAUCUGGAGGUCCAGAACAUUCUGUCCUUCCUGAAGAUGCAGCACAUGAAUCCUGAUCCGCAGAUCAUCGAGCCCAUCACCACCGACAUCAACCCUGAGUGUCUGGUGUCUCCACGAUACCUGAAGAAAUACAAGAACAAGCAGCCAGGCUUUGUCAGGGACUUGAUUUCGGCCCGCAUCCUGGAAGCCCAUCAGAACGUGGCACAAAUGAGCCUGAUUGAGGCCAAGAUGCGCUUCAUCCAGGCAUGGCAGUCCUUGCCAGAGUUCGGAAUCACCCAUUUUCUGGCCAAGUUUCAGGGGGGCAAGAAGGAUGAGCUGAUUGGCAUCACCUACAACAGACUGAUCCGUAUGGACGCCGGCACAGGAGACGCCAUCAAGACCUGGCGCUUCAGCAACAUGAAGCAGUGGAAUGUCAACUGGGAGAUCAAGAUGGUGACGGUGGAGUUUGCGGACGAGCCCAGUCUGGCGUUCAUCUGUGCGGAGGUGGACUGUAAAGUGGUGCACGAGUUCAUCGGCGGCUACAUCUUCCUGUCCACUCGAGCCAAGGACCAGAACGAGUCUCUGGACGAGGAGAUGUUCUACAAGCUGACCAGCGGCUGGGUUUAAUCCACUUUGCUUUUUCCUUUAACCAUCGCUCCGUCAUAAUGGUUUGAAAACUGAAGCUUUUUCUUGUUUUUUUAAAUUCUGUUCAUGCGCAUGAACGCAUCGAUAACACUAGCAGAACAGCGAGUCCACUGCUCUGAGUCAAAGAGCGUUUUUUUUUUUUUCCUGCUUCCCUCCAGAAAUGAUUGGGUUGUAGAGAUGAAGCAAUAGUAGCUGAUGGUCACACACACACAUAUAUAUAUAUGACCUUUCACCCUCGGUAGAAAUAUGCCAGCUUUCUGCACCGCCAGUUAUUUAUUUGUGACUAAUUUCCGUUGCGUCUCUUUUGGGUAAUUGUUGAAUGUCGCGGUGCUCGUUUGUGCCUAUUAAUCUUCUAUGUUAAAUAUAUCACGCUCAUGUGAUGACACUAGCGAAGGAGCUGUUACACUCGCUUUAAAGGGAUGGUUAUCUAAAAAAGUUGCAUUUUUUUACUGUUGAUUUACUCACCCUCAGGCCAUCCAAGACUUUGGUGACCUUCUUUGUUUAGUAGAAGAUGUUGAGAUGAAUUUGUGGUACUUAGUGGUUCUUAUAAUAGCAGUGAUGGGUUAUUUAGAUUAAAAAUGAUGUCCUGAUGACACACUGAGGUCUUGUAAACCAAAACAAUCAGUCCACGUAAGAAAUUGAUCAUUAUUUACAAUACUAUUAUCUUUAUUCCUCAGUAGUGUUGUCAAAAGUAUUAAAUUCAGUACCAUUUAAUACUUAAAUUUAAAAAAUAAACAUACAAUUGAGUCUAAAAUGACACACUGAGGUCUUGUGAAGCAAAUCGAUUGGUCAGUGUAACAAAUUGAUCAUUAUUUGCAAUAUUAUUAGCUUUAAUCCACAAUAGUGUUGUCAAAAGUAUCGAAUUCGGUACCAGUCGAUACAAAAAUGUUAUAAAUUAACAUACAAGCGAGUCUAAAAUGAGACCUGAUGACACACUGAGGUCUUGUGAAAAGCAAAACAAUCAGUCUAGUUAAGUAAUUGAUCAUUAUUUACAUUAUUAUUAGGUUUAAUCCACAGCAGUGUUGUCAAAAGUAUCAAAUUCGGUACCAAUCUGUUCUGGAAUUUAAAAAAUAAACACAUACAAACGAGUCCAAAAUGAUUUCCAUGGCUUCUGAUUACACACUGAGGUCUUGUGAAGCAAAACGGUUGGUCUGUGUAAGAAAUUGAUCAUUAUUUACAAUAUUAUUAGCUUUAAUCCUCAGUAGUGUUGUCAAAAGUAUCAAAUUCGGUACUAGUCGAUACUAAAAUUUUAAAAAUAAACAUACAAGCGAGUCUAAAAUGAGACCUGAUGACACACUGAGGUCUUGUGAAACAAAACAAUCAGUCCACGUAAGUAACUGAUCAUUAUUACAAUAUUAUUAGCUUUAACCACUGUAGUGUUGUCAAAAGUAUCGAAUUCGGUACCAAUCUGUUCUGAAAUUUUAAAAAUAAACACAUACAAACGAGUCCAAAAUGAUUUCCAUGGCUCUUGAUAACACACUGAGGUCUUAUAAAGAAAAUAUUGGUCCAUGUAAAAAUGUAUCAUUAUUUUCAAUAUUAUUAGCUUUAAUCCUCAGUAGUGUUGUCAAAAGUAUCAAAUUCGGUACUAGUCGAUACUGAAAUUUAAAAAAUAAACAUACAAGCGAGUCUAAAAUGAGACCUGAUGACACACUGAGGUCUUGUGAAACAAAACAAUCAGUCCAUGUAAGUAUCUGAUCAUUAUUACAAUAUUAUUAGCUUUAACCACUGUAGUGUUGUCAAAAGUAUCAAAUUCGGUAACAAUCGGUACUGGAAUUAAAAAAACGAAGAAAAAAAAAAUGUGAAAACGCUAACAUUUUACCACUAAUUUCUAAUCACAGUCAUUUAUGUUGAACACCAUGUCCAAUCAUUGCUGUUUAAAAACCUGCUCAAUAUGCUAGCGGGAAAUGCACGUUUUAAAAUUUCAGUACCGAUUUGUACCAAAAUCAAUUCCUUUGACAACACUAAUCCAUAGAUUGGUCAAACAGUUAUAAACUGAUGUGCGAAAGUUGUCCGAAUCUAUCAACAAACUAAUUUCUAUCAACUAAUUGCGUCACUUGACCUCCCAUUCAAAUGUGCACCCUCGCACAUUUGUCAUCAAAGCAAACUGGACUACAAUAGGACUACAUUCACAUAUGCGCCAAAAAAACAAACUGUGGGUUAAAGGUAAUAAUAUUGUGCAAAGUAUCAAAUUCGGUGGCAAUCGGUACUAAAAUUCAAAAAAAUAAACAUAUAAAUGAGACCAAAAUGAGUCUAGAUGAUCUAGAUGAGGUAUUGGGAAGCGCAAUAAUCGGUCUGUGUCAGACAUUGAUCAUUAUUUACAAUAUUAUUAGCUUUAAUCCACAGUAGUGUUGUCAAAAGUAUCGAAUUCGGUGCCAAUUGGUACUGAAAUUAAAAAAAUAAACGCUUACAAACGAGUUCAGAAUAAGUCUAAUGACACACUGAGGUCUUGUGAAGCGAAAUAGUUGGUCUGUAUAAGAAAUUGAUCAUUAUUUACAAUAUUAUCAGCUUUAAUACACAGUAGUGUUGUCAAAAGCGUCGAAUUCGGCAUCAGUCAAUACAAAAAAUAAAUAAAUAAAUAAACAAACAGUACAAACCAAAACCAGAAUCCAAAAUGAGUUUUGUAAAGCAAAACAAAUGGUCUUUACAAUAUUAUUAGCUUUAAUCCACAGUAGUGUUGUCAAAAGUAUCGAAUUCGAUACCAAUCGGUUCUAAAAUUUUAAAAACAAACACAUACACACAAGCCCAAAUUUAUUUUCAUGACUCCUGAUAACACACUGAGGUCUUGUAAACGAAACUAUUAGUUCGUGUCAAAAGUUUAUUUAUCAUAAGCUUUUUUCCACAGUAGUGUUGUCAUAAGUAUCGAAUUCGGUACCAAACGAUAUUGAAAAUACAAAAAUAAACAUGCAAAUGAGUCCAAAACGAUUUUCAUGGCUCCUGAUGACACACUGAGGUCCUGUGAAGCGAAACGGUUAACAGUGUAAGAAAUUGAUCAUUAUUUACAAUAUUAUUAGCUUUAAUCCACAGUAGUGUUGUCAAAAGUAUCGAUAUCGGUACCAAUUGGUGCUGGAAUUAAAAAAAAAAUCCAAUUACUUACAUUUGAGCGCUGAUUUCCAAACACAGUCAUUUCGAUUGAGCAUGUGAACAAAAUGUCCAAUCAGCUAUGUUUAAAAACGCGCUCAAAUGCUACCGGGAAAUGGACGUUUUUAACAUUCCGGUAUCGUUUGGUAGCGAAAUCGAUACUUUUGACAACACCAAUCCAUGUUAUAGACAAUUUUUGGCGCAUGUGAGAAGUUAAUCUGAUUGUAGCCUGGUUGCUUUAUAUUUUUCAACAAACUGCAUCACCUGACUUCCCGCCCAAACGUGCACUCUCGUGCAUUUGUCACUAGACUACAAUUGGACUACACUCACAUAUGAGCCCAAAACUUGACCAGACUUGUGCCAUGGCUAUCGAUUUGGACUCGUUUGUAUGUGUUUAUUUUGAAUCUAAAAAACAGUCACCAUCCACUGCGAUUAUAUUAAUCACCACAAAUUCAGAUUAAAAUCUUCUUGAAUGUUCUACUGAAGAACGUAAGUGCCAUCUUGGGUGAACUGAGGGUGAGUAAAUUAACAGUAAAUGUUCAUGUUUGUGUGAACUAACCCUUUAACGAUGCUGCUUGUGUAUGACUGAAGAUCACACUGAUGAUAUCUUCCGUCAGAAAGCCAAUCAGAUUGCUCAUUUCGAAGCACUUCUUGCGUACGGUGAGUUUCUGCAUCGAUAAGCUGUAGUUUGAAGUACAUUUAAUGACAAUUUUUACACUACGAUGAAGGAGAGUCGCAACACUUAUUUGUAGCCAACAAGCAGCUUGCCAUGAAGGACGUUUCUAAAACUGAUUCGGCUCAAUGUAGGACGAUGUUUCUUUAUUAUUAUUCUUAUCUUCAUAUGAAGUCUGUCGUUUUAUUCGUCACUCGUUAUCGUGAACCAGUAUAGUAUUAUUCAGAAGCGUUUCUUUAAUAUGCACCAGCGAUAGGUCACAGAUCAUGCCGUUUCCUUUUUAUUGGAUGUGUUUCUUGACAGAAUGAAGGAAGGCUGAAUGAAGUAUUAGAU